CCAGCUGAGGAGCCGCAUGCUUCGCGCGCAGCAGGGCUGCAGCCGGCGGGAGCUCCUUCCUGUGGCGGUCGGCUGGGGGAAAGGCGCGCUGCGCCUGGCGGCUUUGGCGUCGCGCGCGACGAUGCUGCCUCGGAAGCUCUCCUAUCUUCUGGUAGCCCUCGCCCUCAGCGGCCUGACGGCGUUGCUGGUUUUACUCCGCGGCCAGCCCGACUCUCCGGCCCCCAAGGAGGACGCCCGGCGGCCGCGGGGUCAGCAGCCCCGGCAGCAGCCCCAGUCUCGGAGAGAAGGCGACUUCAUCCGUGGGGCUUGCGGCGCCUUGGCCGCUGAGGAGAAGGCGUUCGUGUGGGGCAACCACCUGCGCACGUCCUUCGGGCAGUCGCCCGGCUGCCCUGAGUACGUGGAGGGCAGCCACUACGUCACGCAAGCCCUCUCGGAAGAAGAGGUCGCCUUCCCGCUCGCCUACGUCAUCACCCUCCACAAAGAGUUAGCCACGUUCGAAAGAGUCUUCCGCGCGCUUUACGCGCCGCAGAACGUGUACUGCGUCCACGUGGACGAGAAGGUGUCCGGCGACUACAAGCAGAGCGUGGAGAGGCUGGUGGGCUGCUUCCCCAACGCCUUCCUCGUAUCCAAAGCCGAGCCGGUCAUUUACGCGGGGAUCUCGCGUCUCCAGGCCGACCUGAACUGCAUGAAGGACUUGCUGCGCUCCGAGGUCCGCUGGAAGUAUGUCCUCAACAUGUGCGGCCAAGACUUCCCGUUGAAAACCAACAGGGAAGUCGUCCGCCACCUGAAAACCUUCAAAGGGAAGAACAUCACCCCUGGCGUCCUCCCUCCUGAGCCGAUCACCGUAAGGACCAAGUACGUUUACAAGGAGCACAUAGGCAGAGAGUCCUCUUACAUGAAAAGGACUGGUGCCCUCAAAUCACCUGCGCCCCACAAUCUGACAAUUUACUUUGGCUCUGCCUACAUUGCCCUCACCAGGCCGUUUGUGGAGUUCCUUUUCCAGGACAAACGGGCCCUCGAUUUGCUGGAAUGGUCCAAGGACACCUACAGUCCGGAUGAGCAUUACUGGGUGACGCUCAACAGGAUACCAGGUGUCCCCGGCUCCAUGCCGGAUGCUAAAUGGGAAGGUGACCUAAGAGCUGUCAAGUGGAGCAAUGAUGAAAAUAAACAUGGAGGAUGUCACGGUCAUUAUGUCAGAGCCAUUUGUAUCUAUGGAACUGGUGAUCUGAAGUGGCUGCUGAAAUCCAAAAGCCUUUUUGCUAACAAGUUUGAACUGGAAACAUACCCACCAACCGUGGAAUGCCUGGAGCUGAGUGUUCGGGAGAGAACACUCAAUCAAAGUGAGAUACCGGUGGAACCAAGUUGGUACCUAUAGGAAAAGAUACCUUUUAAGUUGGUGAACAGAAACAAUCAUGGAAAGCCAGCAUUUUGGAUGGACCAUUCAUCGCACCUUGAAGCUGUGCUUCUUCAGGAUACUCAAUACGAGCCAUUUUUAUAACACUUUGAAUACCUUUGCACUAAGGCUGAAACAAGAUUUCAGGGCAAUCAGUAUAUUAGCUGAGCUUCCUUGAUAUUUUAAAGAUUUUGGAACAGGGUUAUUCACCCUGCCCAGAAAAAAACCACUCAGGUAUUAUUUAUUAAUACUUUGGGAACUGGUUUGUAUUAACCAAGAGAAAGACAAGUGACUUCAGAUUUCAAGCUGGUCAUGUUAGAGCUUGCCCUUUGUUACAGUCAGGUCUCACUAAGUGAUGGUUCAAGUAAGUGGAUUAAAAUUGAGUACAUCUCUUCA